UAUUAUUAUUAAAAACAAAAACACACAAAAUCAAGCCAAAGAGAAAAUUUAGAAUUACACUCUCGAACACUUAGCCUUCCACUUUCCAACGCAACAAAAAGUUUCCUGCCUUACCAUUAUUUUCUAUUUGUUCCUUUGCCGAGUACAAAAGUAAAUACAAAAAGCUUGGGCGGUUCGAGAUUUCGAAAUCCGCUUUGGUUUUCAUUUUAAUUCUGUGUUUAAUGUUGGAAAACAGUUUUUCUUUUCUUUUUUUUUUCUUCUGAGCUGUCAAAUCCGUAGAUCAGUUGGAUCUUCAAGACCUUGCUCUAGGCUUAUGUUAGAAUCCUCAGCUUUGUUCCUUCACAUUCCGCCAGACCGCCACAAAACAAAGGCUUGAUAUUGAAAAUGAGACUGGUUCCUGUGGUAAGAGAUCUUUGAGAAGUCACUGGACUUUAAACUAAUAAGCAAGAUGAGGGGAAAUAGUACAGCUAACGGCUCAAAUGGAACUCAUGAUGUAGAUAUUGAACAAAUGGAAAGUUUUGAAGGCCUAAUUAGUGGUGACUGGCUGUCUUCAUUGGUGAACUGGUUAAAUGGCAUGCUUCCUGAUUUAAGGUUGCCUUUGGAUGCAACUGAAGAGGAGCUCAGACAGUAUUUGAUUGAUGGAACCAUCUUUUGUACUAUUUUGAACAAGCUGCGUCCCAGUUCUGCUGAAAUGGAUGGUGGUUCCAAAUGUGGCUCUGUAAAUGUCAAGAGGUUUCUGAUGGCUAUGGAUGAAAUGGGGCUGCCCAGCUUUGAAUUAUCCGACAUAGAGCAGGGUCAUAUGAUGCCAGUUUUACAGUGCCUUAAGACACUUAGAGUAUGUGUCAAUUCUAAUGGUGAGGCCAAUAACUUCCAAAAUCCUUCAAGGAAGACAUGGAAUCUUUCCGGUGAAUUUGAAAGCAUCCAAUUGAAGCAAGGAUAUAAUGCUGAUCUUUCUGAUGCAACAAUUUUGGAAUUAAUGAAGCCAAGCAGUUUGGAAAAUGCCUCGACUCAGUCACUAUUCAGCAUGUUGUACCGGAUUAUGGAUGGAAGUAUUGAAAGAAAUAAGAGAGAUUUGCCUCAUUAUGUGGCAUGUCUGUUGAGAAAGAUUGUAGAAGAGAUAGAGUGGCGAGUUUCAACUCGUGCAGAAAACUUAAAAAAUCAAAACAACCUCUAUAGGGCUCGGGAGGAAAAGUACCAGUCAAGAAUAAGAGCAUUUGAGACCCUAGUAAAGGGAACUCUGGAGGAAAAUAAGGUUGCUUUAAACAAGCUACAGCAUAUAAAGAUUGAAAAGAGCAAAGUGGAGGAGAUGGGUAACGUUGAAAAGCAGAACUUGCUUCAGCUUAAGAAGAACAAUAUUCAGAAUGACCUUGAGAUUUCUAGGCUAAGAAAGGAACUAGAAAGCAGCAAAGAGAUGCAUGAAAGGCAUUGUCUACAACUGGAAGCUCAGGCUGAGGGUACCAAAGCGGUGUUAGAAGUGAAGUUAAAAGAACUUGAGAGUCUUCUAACUGAUUCAAAGAAAAAAGCAGAUGAUCUUCAGUCAUUUUCUGAAUCCACACAAAAGAGAUGGAAAAGUAGGGAGUGCAGUUAUCAGAGCUUCAUUGAUCAACAAUUCGGGGCUUUAAAAGGAUUGAGGGAAAUAUCUAAGUUCAUCAAGCGUGAAGCGCUAAAGACAAAAAAGAGCCACUCAGAGGAACUUAAUCACUUAGUAGGAAAAAAGCUUAAAGGACUUGUAGAUGCUGCCAGGAAUUAUCAUUUGACUCUUGCUGAAAACAGAAUAUUGUACAAUGAGAUUCAGGAUCUGAAAGGAAAUAUUAGAGUCUAUUGUAGGAUAAGGCCAUUUCUUCCAGGGCAAAGCAAGAAACAAACAACAAUAGAAUAUAUUGGCGAGAAUGGUGAACUGGUUGUUUCAAAUCCCUUAAAGCAAAGAAAGGAUGCUCAUAGACUCUUCAGGUUUAACAAGGUCUUCAGUCCAGCAACUAAUCAAGAGGAGGUAUAUUUAGACACCCAACCAUUGAUUCGAUCUGUUCUCGACGGGUACAAUGUUUGCAUAUUUGCUUAUGGUCAAACUGGCUCAGGAAAAACUUAUACAAUGAGUGGACCCAAUGUGUCUUCUAAAGAAGACUGGGGAGUCAAUUAUAGAGCACUGAAUGAUCUUUUCCAAACCUCUCAAAGCAGGAAAAGUUCCAUUAUAUAUGAAGUUGGUGUUCAAAUGAUUGAGAUAUAUAAUGAACAAGUUCGUGAUCUACUUGACACACUUGGGAUUUGGAGCACCAGCCAACCAAAUGGGUUAGCUGUCCCUGAAGCAAGCAUGCAUUCUGUAAAAUCAACCACUGAAGUUUUGGAAUUGAUGAAUAUUGGUUUAAGGAAUAGGGCUGUUGGCUCUACAGCACUAAAUGAGAGGAGUAGCAGAUCCCAUAGUGUUCUCACAGUUCAUGUCUGUGGCACGGAAAUAAAGACUAAUGCUGUUUUGCAUGGUAGUUUACAUUUGGUGGAUCUUGCUGGCAGUGAGCGGGUAGAUCGUUCUGAAGCAUCUGGAGAUAGGCUUAGGGAGGCACAACAUAUAAACAAAUCUCUUUCUGCUCUUGGAGACGUUAUCUUUGCUCUGGCACAAAAGAAUGCUCACGUACCAUAUAGAAAUAGCAAGCUGACUCAAGUUCUCCAGAGUUCUCUGGGUGGUAAGGCAAAAACACUUGCGUUUGUGCACCUUAAUCCUGAUGUAGAUUCGUAUUCUGAAACCAUAAGUACCUUGAAAUUUGCUCAGAGGGUUUCUGGCGUUGAGUUAGGUACUCCACAGACACACAGAGAAGGGAGAGAUAUCAAAGAACUUAUGGAACAAGUUGCAUUCCUCGAAGAAACCAUCACUAAGAAAGAUCAGGAGAUUGAGCAUUUGCAGUUACUUAAUGGCAAUGGUAUUAAGCAUGGUAUGAGCUCACUUAGGGGACACUCUAGGGGGAAUCCUCAACAAAGCCAGAGCCUCUCUAGACAGCAAAACAUGGAAAAUUAUGAGAAAACAGCCUCUGAUGUGGACAAGUGCUCAGUUAACGGUGAUAAGCAUUCUGAAGCUGGCUCUCAUUGGUCGGUAGAUGACUCAAAGCUUAAUAAUGAAUCUUCUGCUCAGACAAACCUUGCAGGAACAGAUUUGGGUCAAAAUACCAGUGAUGAUAUUGAACUCUUGGCCUUUAGAGAUGGAAAUUCGGAGGAGAGAUUAUGUGAUACAUCUGAUGGUGAUCUACCAAUGGGUGGUAACCAAACUGAUGGCUCAAUCUGUAGUGCUGUACAGUUGACUCUUUUCCCAGAACCAUCCAAAUCUUCUGAUAAACAGGAGAAGGUUGGCAAAUCAGACAAAGCUGAAAAAUCGGAUAAUACAAGGAAGUCCACCAUCCCAACAAAGCUUCCACAGCUGUCCCAGAAGGUGGUGCAAACACACGCCACUUGAUUGUCGAUGUUAAUAAACUCCUCAAAGGUUUUACCAAGUGCUAAGGAAAUUACUGCUGCAAGCACUGGCAGUUCUUUGACUAAGCCCCUGAAACGACGAUAGUGAUUCAAAUGUAUGAUUAUAACUUAGAUGGUAGUAGAAAUCUGAGUCAGCCUAAUCUAUAAUUAUAGUUACAGCUUUACUAUGUUUUUAUUGCCUGGAGGUUGUUAGUAGCUUCCAUUUACGUUAUUGGAAGGUAAAUUUAGAGAAUUAACAGUUCACUUGUAACACAAUACAGAUGUAAGGGGUCAUCUUCACUUGGAUUCGCAUCAUCUUGUUUGUAUAUGUGUCUAAAUAGGCUAAGAAUUCUUAGUUAAUAUUUUAAUUUUAAAAUUUUAAGAAUUAUCUAUGCAUUUUAGGCUAAUACCAUAUAUAUUAGUUGAGAAGAAAACGCCAACCAUUUAUUUCAUUUGAUAUUUUUCUCAACUAUUUUCUUCUCAACUCAAAUGCAGUGGCUUUUCUGGAAAA